UAUUAGGUUAAAUAUGCUCUUAUAUAUGUACGUGAAAAUCGUAUUUUAAAUUAAAAAUAAAGUUAUCAAAACAUCAUGACAACGCAUAGUAAAUCAUUAAAUAUGAAAUGUAUUUUCGUUACAUCAUUAAUAGCAGGAGGAUUGGCUGGCACAAUAGUUGAUGUAAUAUUAUUUCCAUUAGAUACAUUAAAAACGCGAUUACAAUCUAAACAAGGAUUUAUAAAAUCAGGAGGAUUUUCUAAUCUUUAUAAAGGAAUUCUUCCUGUAACAAUUGGUUCUGCACCAAGCGCUUCUUUAUUUUUUGUAACAUAUGAAAGUAUUAAAAGUAUAGCACAAUAUAAAAUACCUAAAAAAUAUGAUUCUUUUCUUCAUAUGGGCUCAGCAUCUUUAGCAGAAAUGGUAGCUUGUUUAAUAAGAGUACCUGUAGAAGUAAUAAAACAAAAAAAACAGGUUUCAAUGUUAGAUAGAAAAGAUAUUAAUCUUAAAAUGUUGUAUUGUGGUUAUUGGAGCACUGUGUUAAGAGAUAUGCCUUUUAGUUUAAUACAAUUUCCAAUAUGGGAAUAUUUAAAAAAAAUUUGGAGUUUACAUGUUGAUAGAGAAAUUUUUCCAAUAGAAAGUGCUACAUGUGGAGCAAUUGCAGGUGGUAUUUCUGCAACUGCUACUACACCAUUUGAUGUUAUAAAGACAAGAAUAAUGCUUUCAAAUAAAAAUGAAAAAACUUCAAAGUUAAAAAUAUUAUAUAUAUUUAAAGAUAUAUAUAAAAAUAAAGGUUUACAAGGACUUUUUGCAGGUUUGGGUCCUAGAAUAAUUUGGAUAACAUUAGGAGGGUUUAUCUUCUUUGGAAUAUAUGAAGAAAUAAAGAUUACAGGAAUAAAUUAUUGUUUAUUUGAAUCCAUUGUUUGAAA